AUGUCUGUCGCUAUCGCCAUUCCCUCCAGCAUCAGCAUGGAUAUGACUUAUCAGCCAUUCCAAUGCCAGGUCUGUCAUGUCCGUUUCACGCGCAAUGAGAACCUCAAACGUCAUACAGCGCUGCAUUCACGCUCACCUGAGGACGCCACGCUUCGGUGCGAGUAUUGCGCGACGACCUUCUCGCGCCCCGACCUGCGGCGUCGGCAUAUGAAGAAAUUGCACGCACUGCACGACGAGGGACGAGCUGCUAAGAGACGUCGGCGUGAGCCAUCGGUACCUACGCCAGAGUCGAAUGCAACAGGGUCGCAAUCGCCCCGAAGAGAGAUUCGGCUGUUUGAAUCGGCUGCAGAAGACCAUCAUAGUUGGAUUCGCCAACAGUCAAGAUCGCCCAGCUCACGGUAUGGGCAAUCUCAAGUCGAGCAGGAUCGCCAACGCCACCACGACAACGAGACUGUUGGGAGCAGCGACACUACCAAUGGCGAUGGAGGCGGAUCUCAAGUUGAAGCAGCCACGUUACCACAGAUCAGCACGUCGAUACACGUCGGCCACCAUAUCCCAGAUGCGAAUGACAUAGAGCAGAGCCUCCUUUUGGGUGCAUCCCUUCUCAGCCCUUCGAAUCACCUCGGCACCUCGACCCAUUCUGGGAUGACUUUGCCAUCUCGUGCAUACAGUGCGAAUCAGCUCAGCAGUGACUUCAAUCCCCGGACUCUGGACAGCUUGUCGUCGAAGGAUCUACGGUCGCGGCCUCUAUGGGAUGAUUGGUUUCCUUCUUCCUGGCAGAUCGCGCGAGGUGUAGAUCUCUACUUCCGCCACAUCUCACCCUAUGUCCCCUUUUUACACCAACCGACAUUCGACGUCGCUCAGACAGCCGACUACUUGGUUCUGAGCAUGCUGAGCCUCGCGUAUCAACAUGGUGAGGAUCCAGACUCCGGCGAUGCAACAAAUUCGGGUGUGAGUCUCUCUGUGCGUUGCUUUCACCGCGCUCGUGUCUUGGUCGACUCAAGGGAAGAGAAGGUAGAUGAUUGGACACGCGGUCUCACCAUGACACGAGCGUACCUGCUACUUCAACUAUGUGCCAUGUUGUACCUCUGUGGCGAAAAUUCGGCAUAUGGCCUUCGAAUGCAUUCUAAAAUGAUUUUCCUUGCGCGCUCAGAACGACUGAUGCAGCCACUCCCACCGAAGUCUGGGGCAACCGAAGAUCUAGAGUCGUUGUGGCGGGAAUUCGUCAAGGUCGAGUCCUAUAAGCGGACACUCUUUGCCAUGCAUCAGAUUGACGCACUUUGGUACCAACUCUUGUCCAUUCCCCGCUCGCUCUCGCAUUUGGAAUUCAAGCAUGAGCUGCCUUGCCCAGACAACUGUUGGACAGCAACAUCGGCAGCACAGUGGGCGCAUAGAUGUUUGCUGAAUGGGCAGUCUGGACCCCCCGUGCAGUAUGGAGACGCUGUGCGCCGCUUUCUCUCCGACGACCUGGAUAUCGACUGCCUUCCAGCCUUUGACCCGUACGGCGCGGUCAACAUCGCGCAGUUCUUGAUUUCCAGCGCCCGCGAGAUCACCGGCUGGUCAACGAUGACGGGAAGGCUCUGCAUUGAGAGGUUCGAGCCACUGAGGUCGUCACUGGAAGCUCUCCGGCCUCUUAUCCGGCAUGACGAUGCAACAGUUACAUCGACGCACCCGGCGUUGUGCGAGGCAACUUGGGAGAUGGCUAUGAUUGAGCUACUGAUGUGGUCGCCGGCACACACUGGUGGUAUCGUGGGUGGAAGUAUAGAUGCAGUGUUGGAACAUUCGACACACCUAACACCUUCGUGGGAAUUCCUGGUCGAAACGAACACUGCAAAGACAAUUCAACCACACGUCGACUGGUUUUUGUGUUAUCUCGACGCUACGCUGACACCAGACUCAGAGCCCCCGUGGGUUGCGGUGUACGCCUAUAGGGCAUUCUUGAUAGCCUGGCAAUUGGUCCGUGGCGGGUCAUUAGGCGCUAUGCAAGUUGUGGGUGUGGAGGACGGCGACAUCGACGGGGCCAUGCUAUGGGCACGGAAGGUAUUUAAGCGCAGACAGCGCCUACAGCUUGGCAAGCUUAUCGUGUCAUGUUUAGAUAUACUGAGCAAAUAA